AUGGGCACGUCGUUUGAAACAACGCAGGUUGCUCCAGUUGCCGAGCAUAGUCCUGAGUCCAGCUACAGUAAGAAGAAACCAUCAAUUUCUGUAGUUCAAGCCGAUGACAUACCAACAGAGCGAUUUGAGCACAAGCUCAGUGUUACCGAGGAUGACUUUUUUCAAGCCCAGGCAGCUGCCAAGGAGUUGGAUCUUGAAAAAACCCGCGCCAUCAUGGUCAAUGUCCUUAAGAUGCACGGGAAUGAUCCCAAUUUCCCGCUGGCCAUAAUUGAGAAAAUUAGAGAAUUUCUUGGCAACGAUGAUAUCCUCAACAACCCUGAGAAACAUAUGGAAAUCAUCCAAGAAAUGAAGACCGAGGCGGCUCUGAUCACCAACAACAGCCCCUAUGCAGAGGUCCGUGCGGUUGUUGACAACACUGAUGAUCCGAAUAUGCUUUCGUCCACGAUCCGUGUUUGGGUCAUCGGCCUCACAUUCGUUAUCAUCCUUGCUACCACCAACCAAAUGUUUAGUAUUCGGCAACCAAGCAUCAGUGUGACUUCAAAUGUCGCCCAAUUGGUGUCUUAUCCUCUCGGCAAGGCGGCUGAGGCUUGGCUUCCUGACGUCGGUUUCACGCUCUUUGGUAUCCGACACAGCUUAAACCCUGGGAAAUUCACCAGGAAGGAGCAUAUGUUAAUCACAAUCAUGGCGAACGUUAGUUGGCAGACUCCCUACACGGAACUCAUAAUCUGGACUCAAGUUCUCCCUCAGUUCUUCAACCAAUCCUACGCUAGAGGCUUUGGAUACCAGAUCUUGAUCACCUUCGGAACGAAUUUCUUGGGCUAUUCUAUUGCUGGUGCCUGCAGAAGAUUUCUUGUCUAUCCAUCUUACUGCGUGUGGCCCUCAUCUCUCGUCACUAUUGCGUUAAACUCCGCGUUUCACAGAGAAAAGAACGAAGCAGUUCCAAGUCCGUUCAGAAGAAUGUUGACUAUAUCUCGUAUGAAAUUCUUCGUGUUGUCUUUCCUGGCGAUGUUCGUUUGGUUUUGGUUCCCAAAUUACCUCUUCAAAGCACUGAGUGUUUUCAACUGGAUCUCAUGGAUUGCCCCAACUCACAAGACCUUGAACGCCAUCACCGGCAGUAACAAUGGACUGGGUUUUAACCCCUGGCCGUCCUUCGACUGGAACCCUCUUCUCUUCGAUAACCAAGAUCCAUUCAUGGUACCAUUUUUCAACACCCUCAACAAAUUUGCAGGCCAGAUCAUGUCUGGCUCCGCCAUCAUCUACGUCUACUUUACAAAUAAAUGGUACACCAGUUAUAUUCCAAUCAAUACUAACAGAGUCUGGGAUAACACGGGAAAACGAUACAACGUCUCGAAGACUAUUGAUGCGAAAGGUAUCUUCGACCCCGUCAAGUACCAAGCCUAUUCUCCGGCUUAUCUUGGCGCCUCCAACCUCAUGGUUUAUCUGUUCUACUUCGCAGUCUAUUCGUCGGCCAUCUCGUACUGCGCUUUGUACCAUCGAUUUGAAAUCAAGAUGGGAUUCCGCAACUUGUUCAACAGCUUCAGGAAGGACAGGAAGGAAAACAAAGAUCAAUACGAGGAUAUCCACAACAAACUCAUGUCUGCGUAUCCAGAAGUAUCGGAGUUGUGGUACCUAUGUUGUCUGCUGUUCGCCAUCUCCCUCUCAAUCGCAGGGAUCGUAGGAUAUCAUACCUACACUACUGUGGGUGUUGUGUUUUUUGGUAUUGGGCUUUGUUUACUUUUCGUUGUUCCUCUGGGCAUCGUCGCCGCCAUGACUGGAAUAGAAGUGACACUCAACGUCUUGGCUGAAUUCAUCGGUGGUUCGAUAGUGGCUGGAAACGCCCUCGCAAUGAAUUUCUUCAAGUCCUACGGAUACGUCACAUGUGCCCACGCAAUCCGGUUCUCCAACGACCUGAAGCUAGCUCACUACGUCAAGAUCCCCCCUCGUCACACUUUCUGCGCCCAAAUGGUUGCGACUUUCAUAUCGACAUUCAUUUGCAUCGGAGUUCUCAACUUCCAAAUCAGUGAGAUCCCAGACGUCUGUGAGCCUGACCAGAAGAACCGUUUCACCUGCCCAGGCCCCAACAAAUUUUUCACUGCAUCAAUCCUAUGGGGUACUCUCGGACCCCAGAAGAUGUUUGGCAAAAACGGACAGUACUGUGCUCUACUUAUGGGGUUCCCCAUCGGCCUGGUGCUUCCGGUGAUCGUGUACUAUGCCCAGAAGAAGUUUCCUAGGCAGGAGUGGUUGAGACAGGUCCACCCCGUUGUAAUGAUGUACGGAUCACUCGCUUACGCCCCGUACAACCUAUCCAACGUCUGGCCGGCUGUCCCGCUGGGCUGGUUCUCUAUGGUAUGGCUGAAGAAGAGAUAUCUGGGUUUCUGGUCCAAGUACAACUACAUCCUCUCGGCGUCUUGGUCAUCCGCCAUUGCCAUUGCGGCUGUCAUCAUUUUCUUCGCCCUCCAGUUGUCUGACAGGGAGAUUGUGUGGUGGGGUAACACGGCUUUCACCAAGCCGGGAUGCGUGACGCUUCGGAGUCGACCCAGCUACACACUACAGCUGCUCUCUGCGGCACGGGAAAAUCUGCAACGAAGUCUGGGAGGAGCUGCAGAACAACGACGCGUGUCUGCGAACGCGAAGAAAGCCGUGGGCUUCGCAACGCAGGCCUUCGAGGCUCUCCUCAGCCGGGCGCUCCCCGUGCUCAUGAAUGCAAAUGUCAGGAGACCGACGAAUAUUACCGGCAACCUGACGCCAGGUCUACGCUGGAGAGGGAUCUUUGAGAAGAGCGUCAUGUUUAGCGGCGCUGGGAGCGGGUGA